UCGCGCGACCGAAGGAUUAACGAUCGCCAUUCGAAGUAUUGGAAAUACAAAGGAUGGAACUCAUGGAAGAGUUUUGAAGUGAUUGAUAAUAAAUGGAGGAGCACCUUGCUAUAAAUAAUAACCUUCGUAUCUUUUUACUGUUAUUUUCCAAUGGAAAUGCAAAAUCUUGAGGGAAUGCCGCUAUGCGUAGCUCUGGAGUAUGCAGCGUAUCAUAGAAAAGAGGAUCUGUUAUCAAAAUUAUUGGCCAACAAGAAUCUGUCAAAGAUUGAGUGUCCAAAGAUACCUAUGAUGUGCGCUACUCUUUCAUCUAUCAUCAAAAACAGAGAGUCGGAGAACUUCGAUAAAGCUGUGGAUAUUCUAUGGACUUUGUAUGAAUUCGCUCCAGAUAUGAUUCCAUUUGAAACUUUUGGAAAUUUAUUGAUUGAUAUUCUGAUUUGUAAAAUAUUAUUGGCAAUGGUAAAUACUUGUGAUUCUGCUAUUCUGGUUGAUAACAUCUUGAAGUUAUUUACAAUACCUCCAUUUAUACAAGAACUGGGUAAAGAGAAUAGAUCACUGCUAUUCAACAAAUACAAGACAAUUUCCCAGAAACUGAUUGAUAUAGUUAAUGAUGAAAGCCAAGAUCUCACAUUAUCCUUCUUUGAAUUGAUGCGCUGUGAUUGUGUUUGGGUGAAUCUGUGGACCAGAGUUGAUUCGUACCUUCAAAAAGUUAAUAAGGAAAUUGGUCAACCUAUCUUGCAAGUGUUCCUCCAUAUUGAGGAGGAGAAUCGUAAGAAAGAGAAAAUAUGUCUUUCACACAAUAAGACGAACCCUGUUUCUGGUGCAGAUCAAACAUUUUCGAAAGCAACCAGUUGUCAGUGUCCUGCAAAAACAUCUCCUCAGAGUAAUGACAAUCAAUUGAAACAAUACAUUUCAAGUGAAAGUUUGAAGGAACAAGAAAUUGAAAAACAAAAUCAAUCUUUGGCCACAUCCGGACAGAAUAAUCAAAGCGGUUUGUUCAAGACCUGUGGUGGUCAGGAGAGUUAUUCCAGCUCUCAAGAUGAUGUGAAGGAUGUUGACAAUGUUCAGUCCAGCAAAGUGGAUAACCCAAGUGGCAAUGAGAUUGGAAAAGGCGAUGAAACAACGUCAGCUAUAGCAGAUAUAUCCAAUGCCAAGGUUCAGGAGAAUGUUUUGUCAGAAGGAGAGGGUAGUAUUAUACUUUUUGAUAGCGAAGAAAUGGAUAAAGAAGAUAUUGACUUGGGUACCUCGAGCAGUGAAGAUGAGAAGACGAACAGUUGUUCCAAUGCUUUCUUGGUAAACCAAAGAGGCGACGAUAGUGAAGGGAAUAAUAUGAAUGAAGAUGCGUUGAUGAAACCAUCGACGAGGAACAACGACGUUAAUAAAGAAAUUACUGAAGAUGCGGAAACAGAAGAUGAUGAUAUUAUUGCUUCAUCGUUAGAGAAUCAAGGAAAUCCAAGAUCUGUUUGCUCAAUCUAUAAAUUUAAACGCAACAACGUUGAUGAAAAAAUUACUGAAGAUAUGACCCGAGAUGAUAGCGACAGAGAUGAUUUUCAUCUUUCUAGUUCAUGUGUGGAAAAUAACGAGAAUCGAAGAAAUCUUGACUCAGAAGACAGCGAUGACAUUAACGAAACAGUUACUGAAAAUAUGACGACAAAAGAUGGCAACAAAAAUGUUUCUCAGAAUCUUUCUCAGAAUGUUUCUCAGAAUGUUUCUCUGAAUGUCAGUUCAAAUCCAAGAUCUGCUGCUGCCUCGGGCUGUUUUCUCGCUGUGAGUGACAUCACGAGAGAACAAGCAGUAGAUGUGAUGGACCAGAGUGGCGAUGAAGCGUCAGACAGUUCUCAAGAUUUCAUGCUAUUUGACAGAGCCGUCGCAGGGUGUAACGGUGGCAAUGUUGCAAGAAUGAAUGGGGUGAAACCCGUGAAUGAAGCACUAAAACAAACAGAAACGCCUGAAGAUUUGGCCGCGAAACAAGCUCAAAAAUUGAAUAAUCACAUUGACCAUGAUUCGGACCUACAUUCCCAUGGGGAAAAGUCGAAUCCUGUUGACAAAAUAGUUGACGAGGAAUGUGAGUUUGGAGAACGGAAACACGAGGAAGACUCAGUUCAUAUUUACAUAAACAGCGACGAAGACAUCGUUAAAAUAUUUUAUGGAGAGAAAACUGAAAUAUAUGACAAGGUAGGAACAUGUUCGCAAGACGUCACUGCCAUCAUCGAGUCCUCAUCUUCUGGUGAACGGGUGACAAUGGACGCCGUGAAUAACAGCAAAAUUACGAGAAAAGAUGAGCCUAGGGUGAGCGUUCCACAGUCUCCAGCGAUGCUCAAUGUUCGAACCAGCUGUCGUAUUAAAAUUCGAAAAGAAAGGAAAGAGUUAGAGAAAUUAGUGUUGAAAAAUGUCCAACAUGAUCACUCCUACUACUUUGAAAUAGAUAAAUACAUUCCUCGUAAAGAAAAGAAAAAGUCUUUAUCGUUAAGUCUGCGUUCGCGAAACCUCCAGCGAGCCGCCAGACAAAGACUGGUUUGUAAAAAUAGAAAUAUGGGAAAUAAUAAUGAAGCUGUGGAUAGGAACAACACGGCUCCUUUUACCAAAAUCAUCACGCCUAAAUCCUCUUCUACGAUGCAAAAUAUUGUCAAACCAGAAUUGCGGUGUUCAACAUCGGCAGAUGAUCGGUCUUCCGUGUGUCCUCCGAGCAUUCGCGACCAAGUUGCGAACAAAACAUGCUCAGAAAAGAAUCGCUUUUCCAGUACGAGCGAAAGUUCGCAAGAGUCAGCACCGAAACUAACUAAAACAACAAACAAAUUAUCUGUCGAUGAAGGAUGUUCUCAAAAGACUGGUAGCGUAAACACGACAUCAUCAAAGGAAAUUGGUGUUAAUACAGACAUAUCUGGAAUUCCAGGUUGUGAGACUUACAGUGCGGAUGAAGCGACUUCCUCUGGCUCUGGGUCAGGUUUCCUGGGACGAAGUUCCGACGAAGAAUCCAAUGAAACAUUUAUUUUUCCACAGAGGUCAAACACUGAACGUUGCUCGCAUGCCGAAGUCUCGAGCAGCGAUGAUUUCUUGUAUGCUGAAUCGUCAACGGAUGGCGGGAAAACGGCGAAAUAUUUAGGACCACAGGAAAGAAAAUUCCGAGAUUCCAAAGGAAACAGUAGUAUUCAUCGUGUUUAUCAGAAAAAGGAAUUAAAACGCAAGAGACGGAAGAGGAAAUGUCCUUCUCUCCUUCUUCAACAUAAGCGUAGAAAACUGGUGGACAAAGCCGAGACUAGCACUUCUAGUGGUCCAGUGUUUCUGCCAAAGAGGAAUCACAAAUUGAGGAAAAGAUGUGAUCGAGAGGCUGUGAUUAAACUCCUGAAACUUUAGGUAUUGAAUUUGCAUCGAAUGAAACGGUUUUGAUAUUUUGUUAUGCUUUUGUCCCCAUGCAUGCAUGCAUGAUUCCAAAAACACGACGACAAUUUGUGGGAGCACGACGUGUAUUUAAUCACCCGAAACUCUGCAUAUAAUAAAUACACACGAUGUUCCUACGAACUGCUGAUUCAAGCUAUAAGUUCCCCAUGCAAAGUUUAAGUAUCGUGUUGGGGGAACAAAAUAUGUUAUUAUUCUCUUUGUCCAAGGUAAUGUCUUGUGGUGAGCGGCCAUGUCCACUUUUUUUUCAUGAAGUUUGUGUGGUCUAGGUGACAGGGCGAUUUCUUGCAUGAUAGAGUAAUUUCAAGCGCGGCAAAAAUGCCAGGCUUUUGCAUAUAUAACCUGUGUUGCGUUCAUAACCAAGUGUUGAAGUUUUUUUUAUUCAAGAAUAAAAUCUUAGA